UAAUAAUUGAAAAAGUCAAGCAAACAUUGACUUCGAAUCUUUUUGCACAGCAUACAUUGAAUUCGAAAAGAGUUAUGGCACUCAAAACCUUCAAACAGUGGACAAUUCGGACGCAGACCGGCAUUGGCGGUUUGGACUUCAGCGAAGCAGAACUCCCAGAAUCACUAUCCGAGCAUGAAGUCCUUUGCAAAAUCCACGCGGCAUCGCUCAAUUACCGUGAUCUGAUGCUCAUCAAAGGCGGGAAACACCUCACUACCGCUCCGAACAUAGUCCCUGGCUCCGAUGGUGCUGGAAUUGUGAUCGCUGUUGGAACAUCCGUGACUUCAUUCUCCGUCGGUGACCAAGUGAUAACUCAUCUCGUCCCCUCCAUCGCAGCUUCACGCUUCCCCGCGGCCGUGGAUAUCUUUGCUGGGCUCGGGCAAGCACACCAUGGAACUUUACGACAGUACGGUGUGUUUCAUGAAGACACACUGAUACGUAUGCCCAAGAACCUGUCAUUCGAGGAGGCUGCAACUUUGACGUGCAGUGGGCUGACGGCUUGGAAUGCUUUGUUCGGGGACCGUGGCGUGGAAAGCUUGAAUGGCAAGGCAGUGUUGACGCAGGGUACGGGAGGAGUGAGUGUUGCUGCGCUACAGUUUGCCAAUGCCGCAGGUGCCACUGUAAUCUCGACCACAAGCAGUGACGCCAAAGCCGCUCGUCUCAAAUCCCUCGGCGCCGCGAACACCAUCAACUACCGCACAUCUCCCAACUGGGGCGAGGUUUCAAAAUCGUUGUCUCCAAAUGGCGAAGGUUUCUACAACAUAGUGGACGUCGGCGGUCUCUCUACCCUCUCCGAAUCCUUCAAAGCCGUAGCCGUCAACGGGACUAUCGCUCUGACUGGCGUCCUAGGAGAAGCUGGAGAAGAGAAGCCAGACAUCAUGGAUGCGCUCUGGAGAGUAUGUAGCGUGAGAGGCCUCUUCUUGGGGACACGAGAUCAAUUCAAUGACAUGGUGAAGUUCAUUGAGGAGAAUGAUGUCAGACCUGUGUUUGAUGAGAAGGUGUUUGGGUUAGGAGAACUAGAGGAGGCGCUUAUGUACUUGGAGGAGCAGAAGCACUUUUCGAAGGUAGUCAUUAGAGUUACUUGAGUGAGGGCUCUUUUCGUUCAUAGACCUAGAGAGAUUGUCGGAGGAGGGGGGCCUGACUCUAUUGUUGCUUCUCAAUCAAUUCACUCCUGAUGAGCAAUUGACGCGCUGAAAGAAUCUCGAGAUGAAGCGUCACGCCCGGAACUUUGGGAACCCGGCCCCAAGUCGAAGUUAGUCACACGUAAACGAGUUGAUAACAUUCAUAACUCUCAUUAUGUCAUUAUUGCGGAAAGCCAAGUUCGUAGUCGCCCCGGGGAAAAGGCAAAACACCAGCACGCACGCUGAACUGCCUUGGCAAUUUAGAUCUGUUAAUCCGCCGUACCACUGCAUUCCCGCCCA